AUGUUUUCCCUGCUACUGCAAUUUGCCUUAGCCCUAGACUCUUCUUUAGUGAAAAAAGCAGUCGCUCUUCCAAGCAGUUUCCAAUGGAGCUCAACCCAAGCUCUUGUCGGCCCCAAAAAUGACGGCCGCAAAAUUGCCGGCAUCAAAGACGCCAGCAUCGUUCAGGUCGGAGGGACGUACCACGUCUUCGCCAGCACGGCGCAGGAAUCCGGCUACAACAUGGUCUACCUGAGCUUCACAGACUUCAGCAAGGCCGGUUCAGCUCAGUUCCACUACCUUGACCAGACCCCUAUUGGUUACGGUUACCGCGCCGCUCCUCAGGUCUUCUUCUUCAAACCUCAUAACCUGUGGUACUUGGUCUACCAGAACGGAAACGCUGCAUACUCAACCAACACAGACAUUUCCAACCCAUCCGGCUGGACUGCUCCUAAGAACUUCUUCUCCGGCACUCCCGCGAUUAUAUCUUCAAAUAUCGGCAGCGGCGUCUGGGUGGAUAUGUGGGUUAUUUGUGAUGCCUCAAACUGUCACCUUUUCUCGUCUGAUGACAACGGCCACUUGUACCGCGCCCAGACUACCCUCGCCAACUUCCCCAACGGCUUCUCUAAUACGGUAAUUGCCAUGUCGGAUUCGAACAAGUACAGUCUAUUUGAGGCUUCUUGUGUCUACACCCUUGAGGGAGGAGGCUACCUCCUUCUCGUCGAGGCCAUCGGCUCUGAUGGCCAACGGUACUUCCGCUCUUGGACAUCCAAGAGUCUUUCGGGCUCCUGGACUGCCCAUGCUAACACAGAAGCCAACCCAUUCGCCCGAGCCAACAAUGUCAAGUUCAGUGGAUCUACAUGGACCAAGAGCAUAAGCCACGGAGAGAUUGUACGCACAAAUACCGACCAGACCUUGACCAUCAGCCCCUGUAAGUUGCGCAUGAUGUACCAAGGCAUGGACCCGAGUGCAAGCGGCGACUACAAUUCUUUGCCAUGGAAGCUGACUCUUCUUACGCAAACAAACUCAGCUUGUUAA